UGCGUGGGUGGCUGUGAGCGCGUUUCCCGGGGUGACCGCCGGCAGCGGCUGGCCUUGGAGCCGAGGUUGGUCAAGCCGCCGGGGCAGGACUUCAUAGCGGAGCGUCUCAAAAGCCGCUGCGGAUUGGCGUGCAGCUGCCCCGUGGAGGAAUACGACAGGAGUGAUAUGUGGGCUGCUUUGACGAAUCAACAGCAUGAGUUUUCACAUUUUGAUGAGGCUAAAUAUAAGAGAAAAUUUCAAACCUCCCCAGAUGAUUUGGAUAGCUAUUGCUCAGGAGAUAAAGUUGUUUCAUCAUUAGGUUGUUAUUCUGAUGAAAGAAAGCAUCAUACAACACCUUUCUACAGUUUGUUCAAACACUUAAAUGUGAAUUGCCUAGAUGAUGCACUGGAUUCUUUUCAUGAUUUAAAGAAACUGGAAACAGAAGAAUUAAUUGAGAACGAUCAUAGAUAUGGUGCCUCCAGAAUAACAAAGCAAUCUUUUAAAGACAUAGAAAAAGAUGUCCUGCCAACUAAUGUGGCCUCAUCAAGACUCCAGACUGAAUGCUGCAGUGAUUCCAAUGACUCUCUUUUGAAACAUGCCAUCUCUCCAAAGUCUAAAGUGUCAGAUAAGCAGAGCUUACUUCUACUUCAGAUAAAUCAAAUAUAUGAUGAAUUAUUUCAUAUACAUAUGAAACUGCAGAGUGAAACUGCAGCACAACAGAAGUUUGCUGAAGAACUUCAAAAACGAGAAUGUUUUUUAGUAGAAAGAGAGCAGCUACUUUCCAGACAUGAAAAUGCCUUGAACAAAAUUAAAGGUGUUGAAGAAGAGGUUAUGACAAGAUUUCAAAUUUUAAAGGAGCAACAUAAUGCAGAAGUUAAACACUUAACUGAAACUAUUAAGGAAAAGAAUAAAGAAAGCAAGAGAAUAAGGUCCUCUUUUGAUACCCUGAAAGAACUGAAUGAUAAUUUAAGAAAACAGCUAAAUGAAGUAAGUGAAGAAAACAGGAAGUUGGAGAUUCAGGCUAAAAGAGUUCAAGCUCGUUUAGAUAACUUACAGAGGAAGCAUGAGUUUAUGACAAUACAGAGAUUGAAAGGAAAUUCCCAUGCUGUUCCUGAAAUGAAAAGUUUGAAACAGGAAAAAGUAUCAGUUUCAAAAACUUUAAAGGUGCCACUUAAUGGACAAGUAUAUGAGCUAUUAAUUGUUUUCAUGGACUGGAUAUCAGACUAUCACCUUAGCAAAGUGAAACAUGAAGAGUCUGGUAUGGAUGGUGAAAAGCCACUGUUGAGAUCUUCUCAGAGAAAUGAAAUUCAAGAGAAGUGUGUAAAGCUUUUGCCUAUGAUGACAGAGCAGCUGCAGUGGAUGCCAUUUGUGAAUGCCAAACUUCAUGAGCCUUUUAUAAAGUUUAUAUAUUGGUCCCUAAGGCAGCUUGAUGCUGGAGCACAGCAUUCAACUUUGACAUCAACGUUGAGGAGACUGGGAGAAGAUGUAUUUAAAGGAGUGGUGAUUAAAGGGACUCAAGAGAUUUCAUUAGAGCAUUCUGUGGAGAAUAAACCAAAGUCAGCUGCGUUCUUCAAGAGCUCCAACUUGUCACUGAGAUUUUUAUCAACCUUAAUUGUUCUCAAAACAGUCACUCAAGCUGAUUACUUGGCUCAAGCAUUUGAUUCUCUUUGUUUGGACUUGAAGACAGAUGAAGGAAAAACCUUGUUUUUGGAGUAUCAAGCUGUUCCAGUAAUCCUAGGUCACCUGAGAAUAUCCAGCAAAGGGCUCCUGUCCAAUGUCAUUGAUAGUUUGCUUCAGAUGACAGUAGAAUCAAAAUCGUUGCAGCCUUUCCUGGAAGCCUGCAGCAACUCUUUAUUUUUCCGUACUUGUUCUGUGCUGCUUCGAACCCCUAAACUUGAUCUUCAUAUCCUAGAAAAGCUCAGUAUUAUCCUACAGAAACUUUCCAAAAUCAAGAGUAAUAAGAAGCUGUUUGAAAUUUUUACAAUUCAUCUCAUGCUUCAGGAACUACAAAGGACAACACAUCCAGAGCAUGCUUUUCUCUGUAUUAACCUGAAUUCAACUCUGUUCAAUUUGGGUUUAACAAAAUGUAACUCCCUGGUCUCCAAUGCAAGCCAUUAGAAAGGGAUAUGCUCUCUCUCUGUGUGUGUGUGUGUGUGUGUGUGUGUGUGUGUGUGUGUGUUUUGCUUAUUUAUAAAGUAUAAAUCACCAAAGAUUCUACCAAGUCAGGUUAUCAGUAGCAUCAUUUAUCAUGAAAGUUUUUUCAGCUAUGUAAAUGAGACCUAUAGGAUAUUUGAGAAUGUUUCCAUUUAAGGUAAUACUAAUGCAAAAUCAUUUCCAGAAUUUAUGACACUGGGGUUACUUUUAUAAAAAUGUUUUAGGAAAAAUCUUUUUAAAAAUUAUGUGAAUAUUUAGA